AAAUCAACUCGCAGGACUUGAAAUAAAAACACACAAGUUCAUAUCAUUUAUUUCUUCUCUCCCUUAAUACCAAAUUCAUCUUUGAUUCAAGUACUUCACCUUCAGUCUCUAAUUUUCUAAUAUGGUGAGUUUUGUCAUGGAGAAACCAAACAGGAUGUCAGAGAGUCAAAACGUUGUCGUCUCAGAGGCGGCAAGGUCUAUCAUCCCCAACAACUCUUCGGCUCCUCCUGGUUUCAUCUCAAUCUCCAAGAAAAAGCUUCUCAAGAACCUAGAAAUCAUCAAUGAUGGCGAAAGAAUCAACGCUUGGGUAGAUUCAAUGCGAGCUUCUUCUCCUACUCAUCCAAAAUCACUCCCUUCUUCCAUCUCCUCAGAGCAACAACUCAGUUCAUGGAUCAUGCAGCAUCCUUCUGCAUUAGAAAUGUUUGAGAAAAUCACAGAAGCUUCGGGAGGGAAACAAAUCGUAAUAUUUCUAGAUUAUGACGGUACUCUCUCUCCCAUCGUUGAUGAUCCAGACAGAGCUUUCAUGUCAAGCAAGAUGAGAAGAACAGUAAAAAAACUGGCUAAGUGUUUUCCAACUGCUAUAGUUACUGGUAGAUGCCUAGACAAGUAUUUAUGCUUUCCAAAGGUGUAUAGCUUUGUCAAGCUAGCUGAGCUGUAUUAUGCUGGCAGCCAUGGCAUGGACAUUAAAGGGCCGGCAAAAGGCUUCUCCAGACACAAGAGGGUUAAACAGUCUCUUCUGUACCAACCAGCCAGUGAUUAUCUUCCCAUGAUCGAUGAAGUCUAUAGACAACUUUUGGAGAAAACCAAAUCAACUCCUGGAGUCAUAGUAGAAAACAACAAGUUCUGUGCUUCUGUGCAUUUUCGUUGCGUCGAUGAGAAGAAAUGGAGCGAACUGGUUCUACAGGUUCGGUCGGUAUUAAAGGAAUACCCUAGGCUUAAACUGAACCAAGGUCGAAAGGUUUUCGAAAUACGUCCUAUGAUUGAAUGGGAUAAAGGAAAAGCUCUUGAGUUCUUGUUAGAGUCACUUGGGUUUGGAAACUCUAACAACGUUUUCCCAGUUUACAUCGGUGAUGACCGGACCGACGAAGAUGCAUUUAAGCUGCUACGAGACAGAGGUGAAGGCUGUGGCGUUCUUGUCUCCAAAUUCCCCAAAGAUACGGAUGCUUCAUAUUAUUUGCAAGAUCCGUCCGAGGUGAUGAAUUUCUUGCAACGAUUGGUGGCGUGGAAACAAAUGCAGCCAAGAGUGUGAAGAGGAUGAAUGUAUAAUAAAUGAGCUAGUGACGAUGUUCGAAAUAGUUAAUGCCAACCAAUAUGUAAAUGGCUAACCUUUUUCUGAACAUUACAAACCUUUCUUAGAACGUCGUAUAAGGAUAUGCCAAGGUCUUAAUAUCCCCCUUUGGUCAAUUUCUUGCUAAAAUAAGAUGAACGAGAAAAAGGGUCGCAAAUUGUUUCGAGUAGCUAGUUCUAAUAAGUUGUAAUUAUCUUCGUAAAUGUAGUGUAUAUAUAUAUAUGUUUGAUGUAUCAGAUUUAAUUUGUCUCA